UAAGGGAGUCGAGGCGGCCCGCAGCACACACCCGCACCUGCCUCCCCUCCGUCAGGCCGCCCUCACCUGCCUCGCCUCGCCGCCACCUGUUGACUCACGCGGGGAAGGAAGACUCACACCGCUGACCUAGAAUGAAGUGUGUGUUCCUGCUGGCCGCGGUGCUGGGCGUGGCGUGGGCCCGCCCCGCCAAGCUGGACCAGUCCACCACAACGCCCCCGCCCGCCCACCUCACGCCCCUGCUGGUGAAGGACCUCGGCGACCUGCGCGUCCAGGUGUCGGAGCGUCAGAAAGGUGAAUAUGGGCUGCGGGUGUACCAGAAGGGUGACGACAGGCACCAACUGCCCUCAACGGUUUGGUCGGUGCCCCAUAACUGGCACCCGCCCGGUUUGGAGCGGUCGAGGAUCGUGCACGCCGAGGUCAUCUCCACCGGCGACGUGGUAAUUGCUUUCUUCAGCCUAGAGAACGGCCUCGACCUCAUCCUCCUCCCUAAGGAGCUGUUCGUCCAAAAGAAAACCGAAUCGGGGAUCAUCGUGUACCCGAAGCUGCCCAGCCCCUGGCACCCCACAGUGUCCACGCCGUCCAUGCGCUGGGAGUGGACCUCGGCGACCACAGAGUACUCGGUAGUCUCGCCCGACCCUCAGAAGUAAAGGGCGUGAGGACUCUGAGGAGGCGACGCGGACAGAUGGGCGGCGGGCCCCUGUCAGCCUGCAGCCACACGAGGGAGGAUGACAGUGUUGCGAGCUUGCGACGUCAUCAUGCAUGUCGGUGUUCGUCAUAGAUAUCCGUGUUUGUAUAUAUAUCCAUCUUUAUUAAUAGAAUCGUACACAGCCUUAAUAAAAGAGAUCCCAAAGGU